AUGCUCGACAAAAUCACUGUUCUUAAUGUGUUGUGCGUGUUGCUGGGCAUAUUCCUGUUCCAGAUAUUCCGGCGAGCAUACUUCACACCCCUACGAGGCAUCCCAGGACCAUGGCACGCAAAGUUCACACACCUGUGGCUAAAGAAGCAUGUCAUCACGGGUCGGCGGAUGCACUAUAUCCAUGACAUGCACCAAAAGUAUGGCCCUGUGAUCCGGGUCUCACCUCACGAGAUCGACAUAGCAGAUCCGGCCGCGUUCCAAGAGAUACAUCGCAUUGGGGGCGGUUAUGUAAAAAGCCCGUGGUAUCAGACAUUUCGAACAGGAGAAACCGCAGACGUCUUCUCCAUGAUUGAUCCCCGAGAACAUGCGCAAAGGCGGAAGCUCUUCGCUCCCUUAUUCAGCAACUCAGCGUUGAUGCAGAAUUGGCACUCUGUAGUUUUGGAGAAGGUUGAGAUGACGAUUAACAAAAUGAAAGCUGAACUGAGUGCGAAUGGUCAAGUCGAUGUGUUCAAAUGGUGGACGUUCAUGACGGCAGAUGUAAUAUCUCAUCUCUCAUUUGGCGAACCGCUUGGGAUGCUGGACAAAGAAAAGAAAACACCCGAAAUGCAGAAGAUCGAAGACUCGACCAAGUUUGGAGGCUUCAAAUCUGAACUGCCUCUGCUCGCUGCGCUUCUUAGAUACGUCCCCAUACAGUCUGUCCAAGACUUUGUGAAAUCCGACGAGGAGGUACAAAGAAUUGCCGAAGAGACGAUGCGCCGGGUCCGCUACUCUGGUCUCAAAGGCGCCAAUAUGUUCUCCAAGCUGGUUGCCGAGAAUGAGAAGGAGGAUGCCACAUUGACAGACUACCAAGUGGCAUUCGAGGCUGCAGGAUUCAUCGUGGCCGGAUCCGGCACGACUGCAGUGACCCUGACCUACAUUGUAUGGGCAGUCUUAUCAAACAGUUCCAUCCAAGCGAAGCUGGAAGAAGAGGUGGGAAACCUCCCGGAGACUUACACAGACGAAGAUCUGAAGAACCUUCCUUACCUGUCUGCUGUCAUCGAAGAAACAUUGAGAUUACAUGGUGCUGCCCCUGGCGCCCUCCCACGAAUCGUGCCGAAAGGUGGCGCCACGUUGGCAGGCCAUUACAUCCCGGAAGGCAUUACAGUCAGCACUCAAGCAUUUAGUCUCCACCGUAACUCGACAAUAUACAGCCAGCCAGAGAAGUUCAUGCCAGAGAGGUUCUUGACUGCCGAGGGAGCGUUCGACACAUCACCCAAACUUGCUUUUAACCCGUUUGGCGCUGGAACUCGAACCUGCCUGGGUGUGCAUCUGGCUCGGAUGGAAUUACGCCAUGCGACAGUACAUUAUUUCCGGACAUUCAGGGGAUCUCGCUUGGCUCCUCAGACAACGCCGGCAUCCAUGGAAAUGGUUAACCAUUUUCUCAUCAGCCCAAAGUCAGAACAGUGUUGGGUAGCCUUGAAAGUCUGA